CUACUUGAGCAGCGAACAGGUAAAAAUCCUUCCCCCAUAAUGUCAUUCUGUUGGUGACCUUACAAUGUUGAAGGCCGGUCAAACUAUUUCAAAAGUGACACGCAUGUUUAAUUGAAAACAUUCUUUUCGUUGUAUUCAAAAGAUUAUUAUUUUAAACAAUUCUUUAUUUAAUUCAACAAUUGAAGAUAGUGGAAUUGUAAAGUUGGCUUUGUCCUUGUCAGCUAUUUCUGGACAAGUUAUAAACAAAACUAUUACAUCCUUGAUACAAUACCUAAGUCGUUAACAUUUUGCAUAAAAUUUGUGUUAAAGAUAAAGAGAAUAGGACACGUUUUUUUUUCUUACCUGAAAAUGUUUAAAGCUAACAGAAUAAAAGAUAAAAAUUUUAAAAGGAUUUCGUGUAUUUCAUAUGAAGUUUUUGGACCACUAUUUUUGUUGCUUUCUGUGGAUGAAUUAUUAGCCGUAUAAUAUUUAGUUGACGUGCGUUUUAAAUUCUGUUAUUGAAGUGGCUGAACAGUUACUUGUAUAUUUUAGGGCCGAUUAUCUAUUUAUGGAGUCAUAUAAGUUGAUUUUAAACUACUUCUAUAAUAUUUAAAGAACGUGAUUCAAAAUCUGUGAUUUGAGUUGAACAUUAAUUAGGGGACGUGAUUUUAAAGUCUGUGAUUAGAGUUGAUGAUCAUCAUUUAGAGGACGUGUGAUUUAAAAUCGGUGAUGUGAGUAAAUGAAACUUGAAAGUCUAACCCUAUAGCCGGAUGUAUUGACAUAAUAAACAAAAGUUUCAGUGGAGCGGACCUCUGUGGCUUUAGUUAAUCUGGUGACGUUGGCGUGGUGAAGCCGGAAUCGGAAAAUGCACCGAAUAGGAAUAAUUCUGGUUUUUUGUGCCUUAACAGCUGCUCAACUUCGAACCCAGGAUGACCUUAACCUCAUGGCACGUGUCCUGAAGGUCUCGUGGACAGUGGUGACCAACACGGAGGAAGUAGAGCGAUACAAUGUGGAGCUAACUCUGCAGAACGACGCGACCAACCUGAGCCUGAGUUACGGUCCCUGGAAGAUUUACUUCGACUGUAUCUACAUGAUCGAGCCCGACCUGCUGGGGGCGGGGGGCAACAGGAGCGCCCUGCUGGUGGGUCAAGGGGUCAAGGUCACUCACGUGCAAGGGACCUUUUUCAUCCUGGAGCCGAGUCCUGCAUUCUCUCCUAUGCCGCCCAAAUCAAAAAGAAAAUUUUUCUUUAAGGUUCAGUUCUGGUCGGUUUCUAGAACCGACAACAUGCCCAACUGGUACCUGGCGCAGCAGGGAUUCGAACCUGCGAUUAUUGAAAGCACCCGAGAUCUGUCAUACGUGGCUGACAAAACCACGCCUGCACAGUGGAAGCGAUUUAAUUAUGAUUACUUUAACCCUUUCACGUCACAGGAACGAUACGACAGAAAUUACAUCCCUUUGGCCGCUGACGAUACAGAGGUUCGAAUCCUACCCAAGCCAGUAAGCCUCCAGGUGAAAAGCUCCAGCAAGCUGACCAUCGACAUCACGUGGUACAUCGGCUAUGUUGGACAGCUGGCCAGUGAAGCUUCCUACUUGGGCUCUUAUAUCGGUCUGCCUAAACAUCGCAUAACCCCAGGGGCCAUCCGCCCGGCGCCCAACACCAUCGGACUCCGCAUGGCCAACAUCAGCCUCAACGCCGAGGCCUACACUCUCACGGUGAACGCUUCAACAGCCACAAUUCACAUCAUUGGGCAGACGGCCGCUGGUGUGUUUUACGGGAUUGUCUCCCUUAUAGCUUUAAUGAACGAGAAAGGUCAAGUUCCAGAGGUCGAUAUAGUGGACAGUCCAAGAUUUGGGUACCGAGGUCUGAUGCUGGACAUCGCUAGAAACUUCCAUGACAAGGGGCAGAUAAUCCGGAUACUGGAGUGGAUGGGCAAGCUGAAGUUGAACGUGCUACAUCUACACCUGACGGACGACGAGGGCUGGAGGCUCGAAGUGCCAGAUCUGCCAGAACUUGUACAGCUUGGCUCGAGAAGGUGUCAUGACGUCACUGAGACCCAGUGUCUGCUGCCCCAGCUGGGGUCGGGCCCACGUGACACCCCCCACGGGAGCGGCCACCUCAACUCCUCCGACUACCGCGAGAUUCUGGAGAGGGCCAACGUCCUUCACGUCAAGGUCAUUCCGGAGUUUGAUAUGCCAGGACAUGCACGAGCAGCCAUCAAGGCAAUGAAGCUUAGGGCUGCAACAGGGGCUGGCAAUGAUACGGUCCUGACGGAGGACGGGGACCCCUCGGUCUACUCCUCCCCCCAACAGUUUACGGACAAUGCCAUCAACCCUUGCCUGGAGUCCACGUAUAAAUUUAUCAGCAUAAUUAUGGAUGAGAUAAUUAGACUGCAUGCGGCGGGCAAACAGCCCCUAGAGGUGUUCCAUUUUGGCGGGGAUGAGGUGGGACGGGGGGCGUGGCUCAACUCUACAGCCUGCCAGAGGCUGAGGUCUGAGGGGAAACUGCCUGGUGGCUCCCCCAAGUGGUAUUUCUUCCAGAGAGUUUCUCAACUAGCAGCGGCGAGGAAAUUAUCUCUUGGAGCGUGGGAGGAUGGUCUCAUUUUAGACAACAACCCAUUUAAUGUGUCAAGCGCCAACGUCUCUAACGUCUACGCCUACGCUUGGGACAACGUCUGGGAGUGGGGGACGAUAGCUCGAACCUACACCCUGGCCAACAGGGGGUAUAAGGUAGUCAUGGCCCACGCCUCUCACCUGUACUUUGACCACCCCUACGAGCCCGACCCAGAGGAAAGGGGCUACUACUGGGCCACACGGUAUACAGAUAUUAAAAAGGCUUUCUCCUACAACGCCGUACGUUUCUAUGACAACAUUCUAAUGCAGAGGUCAGGGCAACCGGUCAAGGAAGAAGAACUCUGUGGAGCAGCAAAUACUGACUGCCCUCCCUUGAUGGUUGAGGCCAAUAUAGCUGGUAUGGAAGCCGCCUUGUUUAGCGAGACGACCAGGACUGAAGAAGAUUUACACGAUCGAUUGUUUCCACGUCUCCUGGCAAUGGCGGAGAGGGCGUGGCACAAGGCACCCUGGGAAGACUUGCCCAGGGGGGAGGAGCGGGACCGGAAGUUGGACGAGGACUGGCAGUCUUUUGUCCGGGGAGUAGGUCACCGUGUCCUGAGGAAACUGGAGGCUGAUGGGGUCAUGUACAAGCUCCCACCCCCCGGGGGGAGAAUAUCAAACGGCAUGCUGCUGACCACUCCACUGUUUCCUGGCUUGAGUGUCCAGUACAGCCACAACGCUGGACAGACGUGGGCAGACGCCAGCGGCACGGUUGUUCGGGUGUCUGAAGAUAAUCCGAUAAUCUGGCUCAGAACUGUGUCAUCAGAUGGCUCAAGAUUCAGUAGGACGGUCACUCUCUACUUCAAUCAACCUGCCGCUGUUGUCAACCAACCAGUUAUCGACUACAUCAGCCAAAACCUGACGGUCAAGUUCACGGUAGUCGAUAACUACAAGAAAUACGGUGAGGAAUUCUACCAGGUCAAGUUGACCUUCACCAACAACGGUAACCUCAGUAUCCCAGGGGGCAACUGGAGAAUCUACUUCCCUAACGUCAAUACCAUCGAGCCUGAUGAUCUGCUGGACGGACGAGACUACAUCGACCACACAGUGAAGAUGUCUAUCAGUCACGUGGCUGGCUACCUGUACAGUGUUGGUCCAACACGGGACUUUGCUGGACUUGACAGAUGGCAGGAGAUUGAACUCAACUUCAAAAUCUCCAACUGGUGUGUCUCGCGCUACGAGAUGUUUCCUCGGACGUACGUCUCAGCCCCAGGGAUGGCGGCCCGGGAUAUUGUCAGCACCGUGGGGGAGGGUCUGGACUACGUGACCCCCUUCACCAAAAUGGAACAGUGGAAGCGGUUUGAGAACGAUCUCUUUGAUCCUUGGACCCCAGGUAUCCGUUAUGACCGGAAUGUUGACCGAAGCGUGAGUUUCCAGGAAACGGCGAUGGUCCUCCCACCUGUGGUCAGCUACAAAAGCGAGACAGUAGCGUCUGGUGCCAAGUAUUUCAACCUGCUAGACGCCCCGGUCACCGUCGUAUACGACACCCCAGAGUUGAAUGAAGUGGCGUCCGUCUUUAAGGGUCUGAUGGAGAAGUUUUUCACGGUGACCCUCACACUGUCCGCCACUACACCAGAUACCAGGUACAUCCACUUUAAGCUGGGCAACUUCACGGGCGGGGAGAACAGUACUGAAGGUUACCAUGUCAAGGUCGGCACUGAUGGCGUCAUAGCGACCGCCAGGACUGCAGACGGCGCUUUUUAUGCAGCAAUGACCGUCUUCCAACUGGCCUACAAGUCAGCGACUCCAGGGGCGAUCCCACUGUGUGACAUCACGGACUGGCCCAGGUUCCCCUACAGGGGGAUGCACGUCGACGUGGGCCGAAAUUUUUUGCCCAAAUCAAGCGUGCUGAAACUUUUGGAGGUCAUGGCCAUCUACAAGAUGAACAAGCUCCACUUCCAUCUGAGCGAUGACGAGGGCUGGCGUCUGGAGAUUCCAGAACUGGACGAGCUCACUCAGAUUGGAUCUCGAAGAUGUCAUGACCUUGAGGAGAAAACUUGUGUCAUGUCGACCUUGGGGUCAGGGUCGGGCACUGACAACAGCGGUAGUGGUUACUACAACACUACAGAGUACAGAGAAAUCCUACGAUUCGCUAAAGAGCGCCAUAUUGAAGUGAUCCCAGAAUUCGACAUGCCUGGACACGCCCAUGCCGCCAUCAUCGCCAUGCGGAACCGGAAGCAGAAACUUGAGGCGCUUGGUGAUAUCGCCAAUGCCAGACUCUAUGACCUGCAGGAUGAGAGCGAUACCUCCCACUACAUCUCUGUACAGACCUACACCGACAACGCCAUCAACCCGUGCAUUGAGAGCACCUACAAUUUUAUCAACGAGGUGUUCAUGCAAGUCAAGAAGCUUCACAUCGACAUUCAGCCGUUAAAAGUUUUUCAUUUCGGCGGGGACGAGGUGGCGAAAGGUGCUUGGUUAAAUUCCAGCGCAUGCGCGUCACUGUUGAGAGCAGACGUCAACCUGAAGUGGGAGUUCACUCGGCGCGUGGCUGGGAUCACCAAGGAUGUGACGCUGGGGGCGUGGGAGGAUGGGCUCAUGGACCACGCCUCUGUCCCCUGGAACAGAACUGACCUGCCCAAUAAGGAAAUCAUAGCCCAGGCCUGGCAGAACGUCUGGGAGUGGGGGGCGGGGUCACGGGCCUACAACUUAGCCAACGCUGGAUACAAGGUCGUGUUCUCACCUGUGACCCACACCUACCUGGACCACCCCCAGGAGCCCAGCCCCGAGGAGAGGGGCCUCUACUGGGGCACCCGCUACACUGACGCCUACAAGACUUUCUCCUUUAUGCCCGAUGAUUAUUACCUCAACGCCGAUAUUCAGCGUUCAGGGGAGCCAAUCUCUCUAAGUGAUAUUUGUGGUGAAGAUAAAUCUGGUUGUCCCCCUUUGCUAAAGCCCGAAAAUAUUCUAGGCCUCCAGGGUCAGCUGUGGUCUGAGACCGUACGAACCCCCGCCCAGUUUGAGUACAUGGUCUUCCCACGUCUGCUGGCCAUAGCAGAACGGGCCUGGCACAAGGCACCCUGGGAGGGCAAGGAGAAGGGGGUCAGGGAGCAGGAGAUGAAACGUGAUUGGUCGAGGUUCGCACGUGGUGUGGGCCGGAGUGACAUGGCCAUUUUGGAUAAGUUGAAGGUGGAGUACAGGGUGCCACCCCCCGGGGCCAGACAAUCAGGCAAUAAGAUAGCAGCAAAUGUCGAGUUCCCAGACCUACUGAUCCAACAGAGAGUCAGUGACUCUUGGUGGGAACCUUUCGACGCUUCCAAGACGUACAAAGACGGUCAAGAAAUCUAUUUGCGGUCUAUUUCGACGGACAAUGCAAGGGCGAGCAUUGAAGUGAAAGUGAAAGUAACCAUUUCCGGUGGAAAUUCAACUGGAUCCAAUAAUUCUGGAAAUAAUUUAUCCUGCUAUGUUUUCUUGUUACUUUUAUGUUGCAUUUUUUAUGUUAUUUAAUUAUAUGAGAAUAUAUGUUAUGUAAAAAAAAGUGACAAUUUCGAACUCUACGUAUGUGUUCUGUAUAAUAACAAUCGAUAAUUAAUUAUGUCAUUUAUUAUUUCAAUCAUUCAAUAUCUAAACAAGAACUACAUAUCCUAGCUAGUAGUUUGAUUCUAAAAUAGAAUCUAAAUACUUAAUUACGCCUGUAUCGUUUAAAUGCAAUGCAUGAACUAGUUCCUCUGAUUUGUUAAACUUGACAAUUUGACUCGACAACAAAUUGUUUGUGUACCUAUUUAUUUGUGUAACUAUUUAACUAGCAUAACUAAUGCAUUUGUUAAAUAGAUAAAAACUGUAAAAAUGAUGUUACAUAUCUAAACAAAAACAAAUUCACUUUAACGUUUCUAUUAUAAUAGAGAUGUCUGUUGAUUAUUUUUCAAAAA